UGCAUCAGGGCCUGGGCCCAAGGGAGGGCAAGGUGGGGGUGGGUGGGGUCCUGGGCUCCCCCUGCCGGGGCCCAGCAUGAGCAGCGCCUACCACUGGGAGGCCCUUGCACCGGCAGAUGGCUCUGGACUGGAGGCGGAGGCUGCUGGCCCAGCAGGAGCAGCAGGAGCUGAAGAAAGACAGGAAGGAGGAGGAACAUCGCUCUGAGAAGAAACCCCAGCCACAGCCGGAGCCCGAGGAGCCUGGGCCGACGCGGGCGCAACUCCAGCGGCUGCUACUGCCGCCGCCGCCGCCAGGCCCCGGGAGACAGGACGCCCGGCCUCAGUGCUCCUUCCUGCCCAACCUCCAGGCGGGGCAGCCCCCCUGCGGGGGCCGCAGACCCCAAGCCUGGCCGCCCAUCCUCCCCGGCCCCGGCCUCAGGAACCCAUGCCAGCCUGGACCUGCCAAAAAUACCGGGUACUCGAGACUCACGUCAACCGAUUAUGUCCAGCAGUGGUGACCCAGAUGUGGACUGCAGGACCCUGGCCGUCAUCUCCAAGAACGGAGGAGCAGCCACGUUGACCACCGGCAGGGGACGCCCAGGGAGCCCUUGCUCUGGGAAUUGCUGUCUGCAGUCAAGUGUGGCUCCUGGGGUCCAGGCCCUCACCAGCUUCCUGGGGCACAACCCACGGGAGACUGGGAGUGGAAGGCAA